CCCAGCCUUGCUGCCUAAGUCAGUCGGAUCAAAGUCAUGUGAGAUGCAGUUGAAACUAUUUUGGACGGUCAUAUAAAUUCUCCUGGAGAAUUUGAAUAUUCACAGCAGGCUAGAAACAUAGUACAAUGAGUCCGAAGUUGUUACCGGAUUAUUUUCGACCCGUGAAUAGGCGGCCCCGGCCUGUCACCAAAACUGAUAGGAGAACAAUAUUGAGAUCGACUGCAGAGGAAACACAAGCACUCCUUCCCGGCAUAUUGAGCGUAGUGCCUCAGGCACCCCCAACGGCACAAUACUGUCCACGCAGCAGAUACCCGGCCUUGAAUCCAAGGUUCAGCCCAAAGCUAUCCACCUAUGUCGAAGUCCUAUUCGGAGACACAUUCGACAUCGCAAUCAGGCUUAGCAAUCAUGUCAGACAGUUCCGGCAAAGUGACAUGCAGAAUGUGUGCGUUUUGAAUAUGGCCAAUGAAAGAAAUCCAGGCGGUGGUUGGCUUAAUGGAGCUAUGGCCCAGGAAGAAGCUCUUUGCUAUCGAAGCAGCCUCAGCUCGACCCUUAAACGACGGUACUAUCCAAUAGGACAACGGGACUCCAUUUACUCUCCAACAGUUGUCGUAUUUCGUGAAAGCUUCACGCAAGGGCACGGGCUGAUGGAUCUGCAAAAGCCCGAGCUUCUUCCCGUGGUGAGCGUGAUCAGUGUGGCCGCGCUGGAAGAACCAGAGGUGGAUGAUUCGACAACUCCACCAAGUUAUAAACACAGUUCUGAUCGAGAUUUGACGAAAGAUAAGAUGCGGACCAUUCUCCGCAUAUCAGGGUAUAAGAAGCAUCGGCGAAUUGUUCUAGGCGCCCUGGGUUGUGGCGCAUUCGCAAACCCAAAUGCUGAGGUAGCGGAGUGCUGGUCCGAGGUCUUGCAAGAACGUGAAUUUCAAGGGUGGUGGGAAAAGAUCGUGUUUGCGGUCUUGGAUGACAUGUCUAAAGUUGCCCAGGGAGACAGCAAUUUUGAUGUUUUCCGAGAGAGGCUGCAUGGGUUGAAGGUUUGAACAAGUAGACGGGCAGAAGGGUAUAGAACAGAUGACGAUCUCUGAAAUGGUUCUUCACAGGUCCUAUUUCCAGUGUAUCCGCAGAUACAACGAUUAGAGUGUCCAUACCAAAGAGCGCAAUCUAUGAAUAUUCUAUUUCCUAAGCCGGCUCGAGCGCCUCCUGUUGGAGGGCUCGGCUUCUACCGGCUUAGUCUUC